GGGGCCGGUCCAGGGAUGGAGGCUGGGUGGGGGAGUAUUGGCGGGCUGGGGGUCCCCAUCACCUCGGCUGCAUUUCCUUUCAUAGUGUCUCCCUCUCUCCCCUCCCGCACCCGGCUUGGCCGCACCCCUUGCCGCCCCUACCGCACCCCCACAUCCCUGCUUCUCCUCCCUACUUCCCCAGCCCUCGAGGAGCCGAAGCCGGUGGCAGAGCGAGAAGAGGAGCGCCCCAAGCGGAGCCGCCAUGUGAUCCCCCCGCUGAUCCCCCCGAAGAUCCCAGAAGGGGAGCGCGUGGACUUCGACGACAUCCACCGCAAGCGCAUGGAGAAGGACCUGCUGGAGCUGCAGACGCUCAUCGAUGUGCACUUCGAGCAGCGCAAGAGGGAGGAGGAGGAGCUCAUGGCGCUGAAGGCGCGCAUCGAGCGGCGUCGGGCAGAGCGAGCGGAGCAGCAGCGCUUCCGGACCGAGAAGGAGCGCGAGCGGCAGGCCAAGCUGGCGGAGGAGAAGAUGCGGAAGGAGGAGGAAGAGGCCAAAAAGCGGGCCGAGGAUGAGGCCAAGAAGAAGAAGGUUCUGUCCACCAUGGGGGCCCACUUUGGGGGCUACCUGAUCAAGGCCGAGCAGAAGCGGGGCAAGCGGCAGACCGGCCGCGAGAUGAAGCAGCGCAUCCUGUCGGACCGGAAGAAGCCUCUGGACGUGGAGCACCUGGGGGAGGAGCAGCUCCGGGAGAAGGCCCAGGAGCUGCUGGACUGGAUCCACCAGCUGGAGUCCGACAAGUUCGACCUGAUGGAGAAGCUGAAGCAGCAGAAGUAUGAGAUCAACGUGCUUUACAACCGCAUCAGCCACGCCCAGAAAUUCCGGAAGGGGGCAGGGAAGGGCCGCCUUGGAGGCCGCUGGAAGUGAGGACCUGGGGGCCUGUGGGGAGCACCCUGGAGGACCCAGGAUACUAUGGAGAGCCUGACCCCUCUGUAGCCGGAAAUAAACAUUUCCUUUGUGAGCA